GCGACCCUUUGUCUACUUAUCGUGAUUUCGCACCAAACGCAGCCCCUCAUCUCUCUCUGUUUCUCGUACUAAAAAAUUCCAUGUCCGAGUAGCAAAGAUUGCAAGAACAAAGGACGACAGACAUGGAGAAGCUUAGAUUUCUCUCAGCUGCGCUUCUCCUUCUAUGCUUCUGCCACGCGUCCACAUCAACGGUGGAUAAUUCCCCCCAAAAGAAGACUUACAUCAUUCACAUGUCCAAGUCCCACAUGCCUGAGAGCUACACCCACCACCAGGUCUGGUACGAAUCGUCUCUUAAAUCGGUGUCGGACUCGGCCGAGUUCAUGUACGUCUACGACACGAUCGCGCAUGGAUUCUCGACGCGGCUAUCGGAGACCGAGGCGGAGGUGCUCGCGUCGCAGCCUGGCAUUCUUGCCGUCCUACCGGAGACUCGGUACGAGCUCCACACGACCCGGACGCCGGAGUUCCUGGGUCUCGACAGUCCAGAAGGCAUGUUCCCGGCGUCAGACUCCGAUAGUGAUCUUGUGAUCGGGGUCUUAGACACAGGCGUGUGGCCGGAGAGCAAGAGCUACGACGACACAGGGAUGGGGCCUGUCCCCGCAGGCUGGAAGGGGGUCUGUGAGGCCGGGAAGAACUUCCCAUCGACCAGCUGCAACCGCAAACUGAUUGGGGCGAGGUUCUUCUCCAAGGGCUAUGAAGCGGCUCUUGGCCCAAUCGACGAGUCUAGAGAGUCUCGGUCACCACGGGAUGACGACGGGCAUGGAACUCACACGUCGACGACAGCCGCGGGCGCAACCGUGACCGGCGCAAGCCUGUUUGGUUAUGCGUCGGGCACGGCCCGUGGGAUGGCGACCCGUGCCAGGAUCGCAGCAUACAAAGUAUGCUGGAUGGGCGGGUGCUUCAGCACCGAUAUCUUGAUGGCCAUGGAGAUGGCCGUCAGUGAGGGAGUUGACGUGAUGUCGCUGUCCCUUGGUGGUGGGACACCAGAUUUUUUUAGGGACAGCGUCGCCGUUGGAGCAUUCGCGGCCAUGGCCAAGGGAAUUUUCGUUUCCUGUUCGGCCGGGAAUGCGGGGCCCAGCACCUACAGCCUGUCCAACCAAGCACCGUGGAUCACGACCGUCGGUGCUGGGACACUAGACCGUGACUUCCCGGCUUAUGUUCGUCUUGGGAAUGGGAAAAAUUUCUCCGGCGUAUCCCUUUACAGCGGGAAGCCGUUGCCGGAUACUCAGCUGCCGUUCGUCUAUGCGGGUAAUGCGUCGAACAUGACGAACGGGAAUUUGUGCAUGUCAGGGACGUUGGUGCCGGAAAAAGUCGCUGGGAAGAUUGUUCUGUGCGAUCGUGGGUUAACCGCCCGUGUACAGAAGGGCGCCGUCGUGAAGGAUGCCGGCGGUGCCGGCAUGGUUCUGGCCAAUACUGACGCCAACGGUGAAGAGUUGGUAGCCGACACACAUCUUUUGCCCGCGACUGGGGUGGGCCAGAGAUCAGGGGACGAGAUCAAAUCUUACCUAUUUUCAGAUCCUAAACCAACGGCCACGAUCAUUUUUGGUGGCACGAAGGUGGGGAUCCAACCAUCUCCGGUAGUAGCUGCCUUCUCUUCGCGUGGCCCAAACUCGCUCACACCUGAGAUACUAAAGCCGGAUCUCAUCGCCCCCGGCGUCAACAUCCUAGCUGGCUGGUCUGGGGCGGUGGGCCCCACCGGGUUAUCAGGGGACACGAGGACGGUCGCAUUCAACAUCAUCUCGGGGACAUCCAUGGCAUGCCCACACCUGAGCGGGCUCGCCGCGCUCAUCAAGGGGGCUCACACUGAUUGGACCCCGGCCGCUAUCCGGUCCGCUCUCAUGACCACGGCCUACAACUCUUAUAAGAAUGGAGAGUCGCUGAAGGAUGUCGCGACGGGAAAACCAUCUACACCAUUCGAUCAUGGAGCAGGCCAUGUAGACCCGCUCAAGGCGAUUGAUCCUGGCCUGAUCUACGACAUCACCGAGGUCGAUUACUUCAAUUUCCUCUGCGCCUUAAACUACACCUCGUCACAGAUUAGCAUCCUAUCAAGGAGCAAUUUCACGUGCGAUGCCGGUAAGAAAUAUGCCGUAGCUGAUCUCAACUACCCAUCCUUCGCCGUCCCAUUCAUGACCAGCACCAAUGGUGAAUCUGGUGUGACCACAGUGAAGUACACGAGGACACUGACCAAUGUGGGCACACCAGGCAUAUACAAGGCUUCUAUUUCGUCUAAACUUCAGUCAAUGAAGAUUGUGGUAGAGCCUGAUACAUUGAGUUUCGCGACCGUGAAUGAGAAGAAAACGUAUACUGUGACCUUCUCCACAGGCUCAAUGCCGUCGGGCACGUUGAGCGUGGCCCGCCUCGAGUGGUCCGACGGAAAGCACAUUGUCGGUAGCCCGAUGGCCUUGACAUGGACAUGAUCACAAGGAAGAAAGAAAGAAAGAAAGAAAGGAAACAAGCAAGAAAAGGAAAAAAAAAAAAAAAAAAACUCUGUUUCAGCAAUGGAAACAGAGGAUUGCUUGUAUUAUGAAUCUUGUUUAUUUGUUUUUAAGAAAAUGUGGCUUGUAAGUGUAAUUACCAGUGAAGCAUUGGGCCACACGUGUGAGGUAUUGGGCCGUUCUUAUGACGGAGCCUUUGUGAACAUGACCCGGAACAAAUUUCAGGACUGUGGCCGCAUGUGGCCGAGAAAAAAGAGAUGAAUUUGAUGCGCACAUGUAGCCCACCUCAUGAGUGGACCGGCCUCAACCUGAUUUAUGGUCCGGGUCUCGCACAUGGGAUUUCUCAUCAUGGCAUAUGAUGUUUGUCAUUCUCAGUGUGUAAAAUGUAUAAAUAUAUCAGGGAUUGUUUCCGAAACA